CCGAGUUCAAUAGCUGUCUUCCAGCCCAUAUUACCUCUUAUACCGCUCCUCCACGCACCCUUCCAUCUUUGUCGGAAGAUCAGAUCCAGACAACUAUCUCUUCGCUGCGAAAAAAUCCUGUCGCUGUGGAUUUGGCUUUGAAACUUUACGAUCGGCUCGAUGAUACGAGCGCUGCUCGUUUCGCGAACUGCAGACUGCAUCUGCCCUGCAUCACCUUCCAUGUCACAGACGUCAGUUUGAGCUAUGGUCCAUCCCAAGAAACCCAUUCUACGUAUGAAAUCAAGGCAGACGGACUACAUGACCUCCUGAUCAGCACCAAAGAGCCGAUCGUUCAGUCCUCGCGGACAAGGCUCAUUCAGCAAACCUUCAUGCUUGUCCGUCCCUGGGAUCGGUCCCUCCUUGAGCUACCUGACGUUGCAGAUCUGUCCGACGUUGGGGACGAUGUGGAGAACGAGGGGGAUUAUUGGACUCCACUUUCUUCUCCGUCAGACGACUCACCUAGUCGUUCUCUUCUAAAACAGGAGGUGGUUGAUCUGGAAUCACGAGCAUUGCGGUUGCUUGUUCGCCUUGGGCAGCCUUUCGGGGCAUUUUUGCUAGCGCGGCAGCGCGGCGGAGAAUACAGGAGGGUUGCGUCGGAUCGUGACAUCAUCGCACAGGUCAAAGAUGUGGCUUCUGUUGUCGACCUCAUGGACAUCAGGACGAUAGAAAUACUGUAG